AUGGCAGCGUCGCAGUCUGGGCUAGUCAAUGUAGCGCAUGACGAGACCAUGAACGACGAUGGCGGGGAUGCGAGCAGCGGGAUGGACUCGUACGAUGACACGAUCCGACAUUACGUCGAGGGGUCGACGCAGAGCUUCGUCCACGUCCCCAUCCAGUACUAUAGGUUCUCCCCGAUCCCCAGCUCAGGAGCUGUAAAGAAGAACGAGAGGCCAGACAGGCCGAUGGACUUGCUUGGAAGCCUCCUGUCUGGAUUCCUGGACUGCGAUACUGUUCAGGCUCCCUUUGUGGGCAGAAAGCGGGAGGAGACGUAUGGAGAUCAGCACCACUUAUCUUCGCAGACGUACGAGAACGAUCUGAGAGACUCUACGAUCCCAACCAUGCUUGAUGGAGAGAGGAGGAGCAUCAUUGCCUCUACCUUUGUAGACAUCACCAAGUUUGUCGUGGAGCCAGGAGCGCAGCUCACGCAGUCGAAGAGAGACGAGAGGUACUUCAACAACCUUGUCUCCGAGGAGCAUGAUGAGAAGUUGAGAUACUUUGUAUGA